AAAGGUGGUUUACUACUUCUCAAUCCCAGUGGCAUUCUCCAAUAGCAGGCUUUCUUUCUACUUAUUAUUAGCAGAAAGAUGGCUCCUACUCUUGCCCUUCAGUUUCUUUCUCUUUUCCUUUUGUUCAUUAUGAAUGGCUAUGUCAUUGGAGCUAGAGAUAUGAAGGUAGAACUGCGAGAUCAGAAGCAAGUGGAAUGGUACAAAGCCACAUCAGUGUCCAAUGACGAGUCUAAUGGCAAAGGGUACAUAACCACUUCAGAAUCCGCUGAACCUAAUUACAUAGCUUCAUAUACUGCUGCUAAACACAACCAAAACCAUGAAAAACUCCAUCAACCUUACAUAGCUGGGUACACAAGUGAUGCUGCCAACAAAGCCAAUCAAUACAUAGCAGGGUAUAGGACCAAAACUCAUGAUUCCAAUACACCUUACAUAGCUGGGUACACAACAACCAGUGCUUCCCACAAAGCCAAUCAACCUAAUUACCUUGCAGGGUAUAGGACCAAAACCGAUGAUUCCAAUACACCCUACAUAGCUGGGUACACAACAACUAAUGCCCAUGUGGCAAAUAAUCAACCUAAUUACAUUGCAGGGUAUAGGACUAGCACCACCCAAGAAUCCAAUACACCUUCUUACAUUGCAGGGUAUAGGACUAGCACCACCCAAGAAUCUAAUACACCUUACAUUGCAGGGUAUAGGACUAGCACCACCCAAGAAUCCAAUACACCUUCUUACAUUGCAGGGUAUAGGACUAGCACCACCCAAGAAUCCAAUACACCUUACAUUGCAGGGUAUAGGACUAGCACCACCCAAGAAUCCAAUACACCUUACAUUGCAGGGUAUAGGACUAGAACCACCCAUGAUCCCAAUGCACCUUACAUAGCUGGGUACACAACAACUAGUGCCAAGAAAGCUCCAAAAGGGUCAUCUCAUGAUGAUACCACUGGACCUUACAUAACCCAAUAUGGUGGACCCGGUCCCAAAAAUGACCCAAAAGAAUCUUCCAACUUGGACCAUACAGAGGCUUUCAAGACAGGAUUUUUCGCCUUGGAUGAUCUAUAUGUUGGGAAUGUGAUGACCCUCCAAUUUCCAAUUCAAGAUGUUUCUCAAUUCUUACCAAGAAAAGAGGCUGAGUCCAUUCCUUUCUCAAUCUCACAACUCCCCAGUGUUCUUCAACUCUUCUCAAUCUCUGAAGAUUCUCCUGAGGCCAAUGCCAUGAGAGACACACUUGAACAAUGUGAAGCAGAACCCAUCACAGGGGAGACCAAGAUUUGUGCCACCUCUUUAGAGUCCAUGCUUGAAUUCAUUGGCACAAUCAUUGGUUCAGAGACCAAGCAUAAUAUUCUCACAACCACACUUCCCACAGCCUCAGGUGUCCCUCUACAAAAGUUCACCAUUUUGGAAGUGUCUGAAGAUAUCAACGCUGCUAAAUGGGUAGCUUGUCAUCCCCUACCAUAUCCCUAUGCCAUUUACUAUUGCCACUUCAUAGCAACAGGGAGCAAGGUGUUCAAGGUCUCACUAGGUAGCGAGAAUGGAGAUGACAAAAUUGAAGCUCUUGGCAUUUGCCAUUUGGACACAUCUGAUUGGAGCCCAAAUCAUAUUAUAUUUAGGCAGCUUGGAAUCAAGCCUGGGAAGGAUGCAGUGUGCCACUUCUUCCCUAUAAAACAUCUUAUGUGGGUUCCCAAGCCUUUACAAGCCACCAUGUGAAUGGAAUGAGUUCCCUGGGUUUCUGUAAUAAAGGUCAAUCUCAACAAUGAUGACCAUGUACCCUUUGUGGACUUCCUCUUUGUUUGUAUGUCUUGUGCCUUGUUUUAUGUUAAAAAAUGUGUUUGGCAGAAAAGACUUCAUGUAUGCUUGAUUUUCAGGUAAGAAAAUAUUUCUAUUGGCAGAAAAGACUUUCAUUUUAUUUU